AUGUCUGAUAAUACUUCCCUUCCAUCAGUCCAAGAAGUUAAUGAUUGGAGCCCGGAUAAAGUUAUUGCUUUUCUGAAGUUUUAUAAUGAAGAAAAAAAGUUAUAUCUCAGAGAUGAAGACAUUAAAAAAAUCGAAAACAACUGGGUCCCGGGCCCAGCCUUCCUUAACUUAACUCUAGAAAAGCUUCUAGCCUCCUCUUUGAGCCUCCCUUAUGGACCAGCAGAAGUUAUAGCAGAAUUAGUAAGUAAAAUCAAGGGCGAAGGACAGG